CUGAGAAGUCGCAAAAAGCUUAAAGUAGAUGUAGCUAGCCUCUGAUUCAGCUCGUUUGAUCGACAAAAAGUACCAUCGACCCAGAAGUUUAAGAUGGAAGGGAAGUUUGCUUUGGUUUUUCUUUGUUUGACGGGAGUGUAUGUGGGAUGUAACCCCAGUCCAUUAGAGGAUGUGGUCAUUGAUCGCUAUUAUAUUCCCAGAGUUUGUCCAAGGGAAGUUCAAACAGGAGAUUUUAUCCGUUAUCACUACAACGGCACGUUCACGGACGGAAAGAAGUUCGAUUCGAGCCAUGACCGCGGUCCCGCUUUCAUAGGGCAGGUGGGACUGGGUCGGCUACUCACUGGCAUAGACCGUGGCAUCCAGGGCAUGUGCGUCAAUGAGCGCAGGAAGGUGACGGUCCCCCCACACCUGGCCUACGGCACCCUCGGAGCAGGUAACGUGAUUCCCCCAGACGCCACGCUGGUGUUUGACUUGAUUCUGCUGGACAUAUGGAACCCGGACGACAAAGUGGAAAUACUCACAGUCAGUAAGCCGCAGGCCUGCCGGCGCACUGUGGAGGCCACUGACUUCAUCCGGUACCACUACAACGGCACCCUGCUGGAUGGCACCCCAUUUGACUCCAGCUAUAUGAAGAAGCAGACGUAUGACACAUAUGUUGGACAAGGUGAACUCAUCAAGGGGAUGGAUGAAGGUCUUCUGGGCAUGUGCGUGGGAGAGAAGCGGAUCAUCACCAUCCCACCCUUCCUGGCCUAUGGAGAGAAGGGAUACGGCACGGUGAUCCCUCCUCAGGCCAGCUUGGUGUUUGAUGUCCUCCUGGUAGACCUGCACAACCCCAAGGAUGACGUCACUGUGGAAAACCAGGAGGUGCCGGAGGCCUGCACACGCAAGUUGGUGGUUGGUGACUUCAUCCGCUACCACUAUAACGGCACAUUCCUGGACGGCACCCCCUUUGACUCUAGCUACCAGAGGAACAGCACCUACAACACCUACGUGGGCAUGGGCUACGUGAUCGCAGGGAUGGACAAGGCCCUGCAGGGGGUGUGCAUCGGGGAGAGGAGGCGCAUCACCAUGCCCCCCCACCUGGCCUAUGGGGAGAACGGAAACGGGGGCUCCAUCCCAGGCUCAGCCGUGCUCGUCUUCGACAUCCACGUCAUCGACUUCCACAACCCCAGCGACCAGGUGGACAUCAGGAUCACCCACAAGCCGGAGGAGUGCAACCUGACGACCACUACCCAUGACCUGAUCCAGUACCGCUACAACUGCUCCCUGCUGGACGGCACGCUGCUGUACUCCUCGGACGACUAUGACAAACCCCAGGAGACGGUCCUGGGGGCCAACAGGGUGAUCGAGGGGCUGGACAUGGGCCUGCAGGGCAUGUGCGUGGGCGAGAGGAGGGUGGUUAUAGUGCCACCCCACCUGGCCCACGGAGAGAGCGGAGGAGGUGGUGUACCUGGCAGUGCAGUGCUGCUCUUUGAGCUGGAGCUGAUUGACCUCCAGAAGGGGGUGCCGGAUGGAUUCAAUUUUGUGUGGCUGAAUGAGAGUCCAAAGCAAAUCUUCCAGGCUAUGGAUAUGAACAAUGACAGCGAGGUGCCCCUGGAGGAGUUCUCCACCUUCAUCAAGAUUCAGGUGGCGGAGGGCAAAGGUCGCCUGCGGCCAGGCCAGGACCCUGAUGUCAUCAUCAAAGACAUGUUCACCAACCAGGAUCAAAACAGCGACGGCAAGAUUGUUCCAGACGAGCUGAAGCUGAAGGUGGACGAUGUAGAGGUACGGCACGAUGAACUGUGAAGGAGACACGAGGUGACACAGACACACGGACAGCAAGCGAGGGACAGACAUAAAUGUGAUGUCCAUAUCUGCUCAGUUGCCACCCAGAGCCACCAAUCAGUCGAUGC